AUGACCUCCCACCGCUUCGAUCCCAACUUCACAGACAAUGUCGUCAACGCCAUGGGCGAGAACGUCAACCCGCGGUUCCGACAGCUCAUGGCGUCGCUGAUCCGGCACGUCCACGACUUUGCGCGCGAGAACGAACUCACCGUCGACGAGUGGAUGGCCGGUGUACAGCUCAUGAACUGGGCGGGGCAGAUGAGCGACGCAAAGCGGAAUGAGGGGCAGUUGGUUUGCGACGUUAUCGGGCUCGAGUCCCUCGUCGACGAAAUCACCUUCAAACUCGCCGACGAAGCCACCGACGCUCCUACAGCCACCGCAAUCCUAGGACCUUUCUUCCGCGCCGACACCCCCUUCCGCUCAAACGGCGAGAGCAUCGUCAAGACCGCGCCAAAAGAAAAAGACGGCAGGGGUGAGUUGGCGUACAUGACCGGGCAGGUCGUGGACUUCGUGACGAAGAAGCCGCUCGUUGGCGCGGUGGUCGAGGUCUGGCAGGCUUCGACGAAUGGACUGUAUGAGCAGCAGGAUCCAGAUCAGGAGGAGUUUAACCUGCGUGGGAAGUUCAAGACAGAUGAGAACGGCAAAUAUUCGUUUUACUGUCUGCGGCCGACGCCGUACCCUGUGCCCGAUGACGGUCCUGCGGGGAAGUUGUUGAAGAUGAUGGACAGACAUCCGUUCAGACCGGCGCAUAUCCAUAUCAUUGCAACGCACAAUGGGUACAAGCCCCUCACAACGCAGAUCUUCGACCGCAAAGACCCCUAUCUGACAAACGACUCGGUCUUCGCCGUCAAGGACUCGCUGGUUGUUGACUUUGUUGAGCGCAAGGGUGACCCUCAAGCUGGGCUUGAGUUGAACUACGAUGUGAGAUUGGUGCCAGAUGGGCUGAAAUCUAACGGUGCUUGA